AUGAUGGAAAGUUUUCCUCUAGUAGUUGAUAGCUCAGAGUAUUUAAUUCAAGGGAUUAAAGAAACUAUUCAUAGGUCGCGGCCGAAGUCUAGGCAAUCUCAGCUGCAGAAAUACUUGAAAUUAAAAACUAGGUCAUUGUAUCUUCAUCAGUCACAAGAAGUCAAGCCCACUUUUUCAGCGACAAAGCCUAAAACUUCAAAAAGAAUUAAAGGGAUUUCUAAAAGAGAAAAUUUGCAUUCGUAUACCCCGUUUUUAUUAUACCUUUAAGAUAUGUGUGCUAUAAAUAUUAAAACAAUUUUUUUGGUUAAAAAUUAGGGAAAAAUAGUUAUGGCUGUGAGGAUAUACAGAAUUAGGGAAUAGACCAUGAUUUCACUAUAUCUCCAUCGUCACAGAUGCUUACUCGUAAACUUACUUCAUCAUUAUCUCCAAAGCGAUACUUCACACACAGGAAAAGACGCUUACUCCUUAAAUGAAUACAGCAAUUUUUCCUUAAGACAUUAUUAUUGACCAUCUAUUUUAAUUUUUAAAUAGAGCAUAGCCUGACUACUUAAACUAUAUAGCCUUUCUGCGCUUUAUGACUCCUUUCGUCCCGAUCACCUCAGAAGAUAUCGGGACAAAAAAGCGUGAAGACGCUAUAUAAGCCAAAUGUAAUGGAGAAUAGUUUUUAGCCAAUAUUUGCUUGGCCAUAGUCAUCUAUUGUGAUGCAUAAGCUAGUUGAAAAUAUAAGUUUUAGAAAAUUAAUUUUUAAUAUAACAAUUUCUAAUACAUGAAUCAAUUUUUUUAAAAAUAAUAAAUUAAAAAUCCUUAUAUUAAUUGAGGAGAGCUAGAAUUAAAAGAUAUUCCAUCAACUCCUGCAUCAUUUAUAACAGAAAGUUUAGUUGAUGACUCUAGGAGGAUUGCUGAUGUUUUAUUGACUGGAAAAACUUUUGCAAAAAGUUCUAGAGGAAGUUUUAUAUUAACUCCUGUAGGAAACAUUGAAAAUACUUUAAAAAAAGAAAUUUCCAACCCAAGACUUAUAAGGCUUAAUGAAUCUUUGAAAAAAAAGAAAAAUUUCCAAAUUAAGCCUUUUUAUCCUGAAGUUCGAAAAAUUCAGGAACCAAAAUUGCCAGUCAGAAAAUUAUCAGCUUGCAUAGUUAUUACAUCAAACUCCUAA